UCAUAGCGUUGCAAUGAGAAUUAAGUGAGUUAAUUCAUGUAAAGUACUUAGAACCUUGGCAGUAGUAAACCCUCAAACAAUGUUAUCUGUCAUUACUAUUAUUAAAUUCCAGCAGCUACCACUUACUAGCUUAAUGACCUUGGCUAAUUUUCCCUCUGAACUAGUUUUCUUACUUCUGCAAGAUUAUUGUGAGGCAUAAAAUAAAUAAUGUGUAUAAAACACAUGUUAGGUCAUCAGUAAAUGUUAAUUAUCUCCACGCUCCAAUAUCAGCCUUAAAACAACAAGGCAACUUUCUGGCACCAAACUCUUUGUCCCUAUUAAGGAGGUUUUUACCCUUUAACCUUAUUAGGCUAAGCAAUGCCAAUAGGUAUUGCUGUUAGGUAUCAUGGUUGACCAAAGGAAUAGAUAAAAAAAAUAAAAAGAAAUAUAGGAAGAAGAGAUAAAGAAAGGGAGUAUAUAUGACCUAGGUUACUACUUGAGUCAUAGCAACUGUUCUUUUGGGUUUUGUUGACUAACCUUCAUAUAGUCCAAUAAUACCCUGUAUGGGCUAGAGGGACCAAGAUUUAGGUUUUUGGUGCAUUUAUAUUAGUUCUGAACAAAUCUAAACACUGCUUUUCUGUAGUUUUUGGAUAGUUUCUAACUGGUCUGUUCCAUUCUCUGUUUUCUAGGUUGCUAGGAUGGACAGGAGCCACAGUGCAUUUUAUUAGCUUUGGUUCUUUUCUUUAGUUGUGUCUCUAGUCCUUUCCUCUCUCAUUACAGCUGUAGCUGUGUCCUUCCAAAACCCUCUAAGGCUCUCUUUGAUCCUUUAUCCAGUGGCCAUCCCUCCAUUUCCUCAGCUGCCCAUUAGAUUCCUCAUCAUUGUCCAGGGAUGUUGUGUAUACUGCAGAGUUUGAUCAUUCCAAUCACGUGUGUCUUUUGGUAGUGCCAGGAAUUUUCCCACACACUAGCAACCAGUCACUUUUCUUCUUGUCUGGAGAAGACAUCGUUGGGGAUUAUUGCGAAAGGGAAAACUUUGUGGCUGGCCUUAGACCAAUCCCCUAGUCUUGCCCUUCCCUCGGUUGAUGUAUUGAUACAAGGCAAGGUGUACACGUCUGGCCUGAACUGAGUUCUCAUCUCUACCCUCAGCAUCAUCAUCAUGUCGAGCUGCCUCUUCCUCCUGAAGGCACUUCUUGCUCUUGGGUCUGUGGCAUCCUGGGUGACUGCAGGAGAGCAUGAGUUUGGCAGUGAAUGUCCUGCAGACCCCCUUCCGUGUGAAGAGCUGUGUGAUGGGGACGCAUCCUGUCCUCAGGGACAUAAGUGCUGCAGCACUGGCUGUGGCCAUGCCUGCCAUGGAGACAUCAAGGGAGGGCGGGGUGGUGACUGUCCAAACAUUUUGGCGGGCCUGUGCAUUGUCAGCUGCAUGGCGGAUGAGAACUGCCCAGCUGGGGAAAAGUGCUGCAAGUCAGGCUGUGGCCGUUUCUGUGUCCCGCCAAUCCUGCCGCCCCAGCUGGCCCUGAACCCCAACCGGACCAUCAGGUCUAAUUUUGAAUUAGAGAGCCCGGUGCCGUAGCUGUCCUGAUGUGUCCUGAGUUUCUUUGGUGACUCCAGGGGGCUUGUCCUGGUAGCCAGGAGAGGAUGAUGUCCUGGGGCUUGUGACACCCCCAGGGACUUUCAUUGCCCUCUCUGCUCUGUUUCUGUUCUUGCUGCUGCCCUGACCGUAGGAAACCCAGCCCUGGGCUUGGAAAGUGGGUGUGUGGUGCUUCUUUUCCCCAAUAAAGGCUGAUGCUGAC